AUGACAAGAGCAACUGAAGCAUUUACAACUGCAGCUAUUGUAACUGCUAUUUAUCUAGUUUUAUUUUUUGGUGUCAUUCCUUUACCUGAAACCAUUCAAUAUAAAAUAAUCCCUGUGCUUCCAUGGUGGGCACUCAUGACUUUUGGCUGCUAUUGUCUCAACAAUAUUGGAUAUGCCUUAUAUACCUUCCGUGAUUGUCCUGAAGCUUAUCAUGAACUAAUGAGUGAAAUUCAACAAGCAAAAUCUGAUUUGACAUCCAAAGGCAUUCAAAUGUAA